AUGGGGCAGCCGGAGAAGAAGAUAGAAGCGCUAGAGAAACAGAAUUCUAAUCUGGUUCAAGCCAUCAUGCGUUCAAACCCUCAUCUCAACACGCAAGACUUUCUUUCCCGGGUGAAUGAUAUCUGUGAAGUCGACGGUCACGACCGCGUCUCGGCUGAAUUCAGUGCUCACGACGAUGUUGGUGAAAGCAUGCUGCGGUCUGCCUCAGCUUCCUCAACUGUCUCUCAACCCCUCCAAAGAUGCCCACGACCCACUAACUAGCAAACGACGUUCGAUGGAGGGC